AUGUCGCGUUUCUUCUACGGCGGUGGCAGCGACAGCGAGAGCAGCUCCUCUGAUGAGGAGGAGCUCUACGAGCGCGAUGAGGAGGAGCAGUCGGAGGAGGAGGAAUCCAGCGAGGAGGAGGAGACUUCGGAGGAGGGCUCCGAUGAUGAGGAGGGUGGUGUGACCGGUGCCGCACGUUUCAUGAGAGAUAUGUCGGAAAGCGAGGAGAGCGAGGACGAGGAGAAAACAACGGUCGUCAAGAGUGCUAAGGACAAGCGACUGGAGGAACUCGAGAGCACCAUGAAGCUGAUCGAUAACGCCAAGAAGAUCAACGACUGGGCAGUUAUUUCGACAGAGUUUGACAAGCUGAACCGACAGAUUGUGAAGAUCACGCAAGCCGGCCCUACGCCCAGAGUCUACAUCAAGGGUGUUGCCGAUCUUGAGGAUUUCGUGAACGAGACCGUUUCGAAGCAGAAGUCUGGCGACAAGAAGUUGAACGCCAGCAACGCCAAGGGCUUCAAUGCCGUCAAGCAACGUAUCAAGAAGAACAACAAGGACUACGCCAACCUGAUCGACAAGUAUCGGAAGAACAAGGAGGCCUUCUUGGAGGGCAAGGACGAAGCCGCCGCCCCUGCAGCUGCUGCUCCCCGUGUCGCCAAGUUGGAGCGCGUUGAGGCUCCUGUUGAUGUUCCUGUUGCCGAUGAUGAGGGAUUCGCAACCGUCGGCCGCGGCGGCAAGACUCUCCAGUACACUCCCGAGAGCAUCCUGAAACACCUCCGCGUGAUUGUCGAGUCGCGAGGAAAGAAGAACACAGAUCGUCUCGAGCAGAUCCGGACGAUGGAGAAGCUUCUGGAGGUGGCCCAGAACCCCUACCAGCGUAUCCGCGUUUACCUCACCCUCAUCUCCACCCGCUUCGACCUCACAUCCACAUCCAGCGCCAACUACAUGGCUCCCGAAAUGUGGAAGUCUGCUGAACAAGACUUCUCCUCCCUGCUCUCCGUUCUGGAGAACAACCGCGACUACGUCGUGACCGAAGGUGUCGACGAAUGGGAAGAUGACGAGAAGCAGCCCCAGGUCGCCGCUGGCGAGACCCUCUACAUCCCCGGCAGCGUUGUUUCGUACGCUGAGAGACUCGACGACGAACUCACGAGAUCCCUGCAACACAUCGAUCCCCACACCGCUGAGUACAUUGAGCGCCUGAGCGACGAGAAGCAGCUGUACACCAGUCUCGUCCGCGCACAAGCUUACGUGGAAGGAUUGAGCAAGGCCGAGAAGAGCGACCCUAAGCAGGACAGUGUCAACAGAGUGGUCAUGAGACGCUUGGAGCACGUCUACUUCAAGCCCUCUCAGGUCAUCACGAUCCUCGAAGAUGCUACCUGGAAGGCCCUCCCCUCGGAACUGGAUUCUGGCGUCACUCCCCGUGGAAAGACGGGCGAUGUCGAGAACCUGGUUCUCACACUCUGCAACUACCUGUUCCAGUACAGUGAUGGCAUCAUCAGAGCCCGCGCCAUGCUGUGCCAGAUCUACUUCCUUGCCCUGCACGACCAGUACUACCGCGCCCGUGACCUGAUGCUCAUGUCCCAUCUGACCGAGAACAUCUCCAACUUCGACGUCAGCACUCAGAUCCUGUUCAACCGCACCCUUGUCCAGAUUGGUCUGUGCGCUUUCCGCGCCGGUCUCAUCUACGAGGCCCAGAACACUCUCUCUGAGGUUUGCGGCAGUGGACGUCAAAAGGAGCUUCUGGCCCAGGGUAUCAUCCUCCAGCGCUACUCCACUGUCUCGCCGGAGCAGGAGCGCCUGGAGCGCCAGCGCCAGCUGCCCUUCCACAUGCACAUCAACCUGGAGCUUCUCGAGUGCAUCUACCUCACAUCGAGCAUGUUCCUCGAAGUGCCUCUGAUGGCCCAGACUUCCUCUUCCCCCGAGCUGAAGCGCCGUGUCAUCUCCAAGACCUUCCGCCGUAUGUUGGAUUACAACGAGCGCCAGGUUUUCACCGGCCCCGCCGAGAACACCCGUGACGGUGUGAUCAUGAGCGCCAAGUUCCUCGCCGCAGGCGACUGGAAGAAGGCCGCCGAGAUGCUCAACUCGAUCAAGAUCUGGGAGCUCAUGCCCCAGCCCGAGAAGAUCAAGGAGAUGCUCUCCCAGCAGAUCCAGGAGGAGGGUCUGAGAACCUACCUCUUCACCUACGCCCCCUUCUAUGACAGCGUCUCCGUCGCCACCCUCGCCAGCAUGUUCGAGCUCUCCGAGAAGAAGAUCUCCGCCAUCAUCAGCCGCAUGAUCUCGCACGAGGAGCUGGCCGCCGCCCUCGACCAGGUCAACGGCGCCAUCGUCUUCCGCAAGGGCGUCGAGCUGUCGCGUCUGCAGUCCCAGAUCGUCACCCUCGCCGACAAGUCCAUGGCCCUCCUCGAAGGCAACGAGAAGACCCUCGAGCAGCGCACCCAGGGUAUGGCCAAUGCCUUCCAGCGCGAUCAGGGCGCCGGCGCCCGUGGUGGCCGUGGUGGCGGCCGUGGAGGCCAUGCUCGUGGCGGUGCCCGAUUCCCCGGCCAACAAGGCCGUCGUCCUGGCGGCCAGCAAUUUGGCGGUGGUGCAUUGGGCGGAGCUAUCAAGGCUUAA